UAUCGCACUAAUUCCUUCUGUAACAAAUUCGAGAUUAAACACACAAUACAGUUACUAGCUUUUUUCUGAAGGUUUCGUGAUGUCGUCAACCAGAGAAGGGGAGAACGUCAACGACACUGUCGAGCAACCUGCGACGGAGAAGCCGCUGCAGGCUGUUGAGAAGGUAGUAAAGGAGAAGAAGGCUAAGGCUCCAAAAGAGAAGAAGUCGACUAAGAGCGCUUCUCAUCCUCCUUAUUUCCAGAUGAUCAAAGAAGCACUGUUGGCUCUGAAUGAGAAAGGCGGUUCGAGCCCCCACGCGAUCGCAAAGUACAUGGAAGAGAAACACAAGGCGGUGCUACCAGAGAAUUUUAGGAAGAUGCUUGCUGUCCAGUUGAAGAAUUCUGCUUCAAAAGGCAAACUCACGAAAGUCAAGGCUUCGUACAAGCUAUGUGAAUCCGGUAAGAAAGAGAAGGCACCACCGGCGGCCGCAGGUGGGAAGAAGCCUACAAUUGCAGCCAAAAAACCUAAGCAAACAAAGGCGAAAAAACCUGCUGCCACCGCCACAACUGGUGGAUCAAAUAAAGUGGCGAAAUCACCUAAGAAAUCUGCUCGUACAGCGACGGUGAAGAAACAGGCUACUGUGAAGAAGGCGAAGAAAAUGACUCCGGCGAAGCCGAAACAACCGAAGUCCAUCAAAUCUCCUGCUGCUAAGAAGGCUAGGAAAGCAACUACUUGAUUUUGAGUUCCUUUAUGUAAAAAAGUAGUAGAAAUGCCAGCAGUAACUAUGUAUAUUCGAGUCGUUUCUGAGCUCUAGUUAUAUAUCGAAAUGUUGCCUCCGCUGUUUUCCAUGGAAGAAUAAGAGAAAUGAAUUCUCUGUGAUCAUGA